AUGCUGCGGCAACAUGAGAUGCGACAUCUCAUGCUUGGCAUUAUAGGCUUAGCUUGUCUGACGCGCUUAUCUGUGCCGGUUUCCGCAAGUGGAACAUAUUCUCAGCAUGUCGCGUUGCCUGAGCACCAAAAACGUCAAAUGGUUGCACCGCAAUUGACCGUUCCGUUACCCACGAUGACAACUUCGUCCCCCAGCUUCGAUUAUUGGUGGCCAUUUCCGCUGGCUCCGACUUCGGCAGCGGACAACACGGAUACUGCUGACGUUCAGUCGCCUACAGACACAUCAUUACUGACGAGCGGUACUCCUCUUGCAUCGAACUUUGUAGCUUCGUCUGUGAGCGCAAGUUUAUUGCCUGGUGUCUCCUUGGACGCAUCGUCUUCGUACGCCGGUGCAGACUCUACCUCGUCAUUGAUCACCAUCACGGCACUUCCUCCACUGAGUUCACCUUUCCAUGGUCAUCGUGCAUCUUACUCCUAUCACAAGCCGAUUAACUCCACCCUUCUCGCGCCUUUGUUCGGAUUACUUAGCGCGGCAUUGGGUAUUGCAUGCGGAUGGUUCGCUUAUGGUUACUGGAAGAGAAGACGCAAUGCACGGAUUGAGGAUCGUCUGGCUGGUCCUAGGUACGAAGGAGUCAAAGGUGAAGAUGAAGGCGAGAAGACUCUUAAUGAUACAGUGACGUAUGCGAAUAACGACUUCAGUGGAACUGUUGCUGAAGGAGAUAUGUCAAUGGGACCACACCUACGCGGGCAGGAUUACGAUUGCUCGAGUAAGUAUGAGGACACAGAGACUCGAGAACUUUUAAUGGCUCCUACGACGUUUAAAUCUACCAAUCUUCCCGGCCGCUUUUCGGCCAUCCUUCGUUCCCCCAUACUUAGUAGCUUUGUAACUAGGAGUCCAAAAUCCAUUCCGGAGUCCGGUGCUAAUAUCAAGGACCGGGUGACUCGCCAGCCUGCAAACAUAUCCAUUCUCCCGUCUGAGAAGGACACUUCUUAUGCUGGAGGUACUCAAUCUCCGUCUGCCCGUACAGCGUUCAGUUCUGUCGCUAAAUCUGGUGAAGACAAUGAAGAUGAUGGAAAUAUUCGCCGUUUGGCCAGUAGACUCGGGCCUGUGCAGCAUAAAUCUAUUCACAGACGGCUUGUUGAGAAGCUCCGAAUGAAGUUCAGUACGAAACGUACCCCUGGACGGGAGAAGUCAAAAACGAAAGGCAAGGCGCGAGGAAAGACACCAGAACUCGAGGAAGGCGCUUUACUACAGGGCGAGAAUGACUCCGUUGACAUUUCAACUUCGUCGGUGAAGGGGUCUUUGAGGCAGAAGCCGUCGGGACUUGCCACUCGUCAUGGUCGAGCAGACUCAGAUUUCUCAAUCGUGUCUCUCGGAGUCCAAACACCGCCAAAGGUGUACACUCUGAGCGAUCCUGGAGUAAGCAACGUUAGUCCCGGCAAUAUUCUGCAGGGUGCCCGCGCGUAUAGUACUCCGUUAAAAUCAGACACGGGAUCAAAUGCAGAUAAGUACACACCCGUCCCUAAUCGUAGAGUCAGGUCGACACGUAAGCUCGUGUCGCCUCGAAGCCUGAGAAGAAGGUCGAGUAUCUUGGACGACUCGGGUGGACCAUCCAAGUACGACGGUAAUUCAGACCGCCGGGUUCUUCCAACGAGUCCGCCGUUGCUCAAUUUACCGAAUCUAGAAUCUGACCUGUUCUUCAGUCCGGUCCGUGAAUUUGCAAGGAACUGUCCUGACAUGUCUCAACACGGAUAUUUUACCCCUCCAAGAUGUGGGCAGGAUGGUGAAGUUGGCGAUUCACCCGUCAGAAGGGGACCGAGUGGACCCAGGCAGCCGAACAAGUUAAUAUCCUUACAGUCUCCCAGCAAUGGAAUGGCAUCGAGGCCAGCGCAACCACAGUUCACAGAUAAACCGGUCCCAGCUCUAGCCAUUCGUCGUAGCACGGCAUUUUCUCCGUCUUGCUUGCCGUCUCGAAUUCGUCAUGGUCCGCGAGAUGCAGUGCAAGAUCCGGAUCGAACGAACAGUACUCCUUCUGGUCCGUCCUCUCUCAUGCCACCUAAGGAGAGGUACGAAACGCGGUGCACAGCAUUUGAUAAAGUCGACGCGAUUGUUGAACAGAGUUGGGGUGCACGCUUCUUGCAGGGGAUACCGCCACCACCUAGUCCGACGUUGUUUGGGGCGCGGACUGACCAGGUUGGUGCUGACUUCGAUACAAUCGCGGGCAAUAGAUAG